AUGAAAUAUUGGUGGUCAAUUAUUGGUUUCAAUAUUUCCAAUUUUAAAUUUUCUAUUUCAAAUAUUAUUUUCCAUGCUGGUCUAAUAUCGAUUUGUUAUCUCUACUUUGUCUACUGGUGCCGUUUGGAUAUGUUUACCACAUUGAAAUACUUGAGUAUAUUAUGUGUGCCAACAUUCUUAGCUGGUCAUAGAGUUCUACGAGCUCAAGUCAUCGCUAAACAACAACAACAACAAACUGUCAGUAGUACACAGUCAGUAAAUGUAAAAAAAUGAAUAAUACCAUCAUGCUCUACAAUUGUGAAAUAGUGUUAGUAGUCAGUUGUGUUUUUUUUCUCUUCUCGCUUUUCUAUGUUUUUUUGUUUUUAUUAUUAUUUUAUUAUUUCAACGAGAACAGUAUGUGAACGAGGAGGAGGAGGGAGCAGCUUCGUAAAAUAUGCAUCAUGUGUGUGUGUGUGCAUUUUUUCAAAAAACUGUUUUCAAUGUGUCGUUUAGUGUAUUUCAACCUUUCAAUCUCGUUAAAGAUGUGUUGUAUGUUUGUUUUUUAUUUUGUAAGAAAAAAAUUUUCAAAUAAAUGAAAUUUUGUCUGAAAC